AUGGGUUCCUAUAAAUCCUGCCAAGCCGGCAGCUACAGCUCAACAGACAGUUCAUCCUCAAAAAGCACAGCAGCAACAAUUCACAGCGACAGAAUAGCCCAACCGCACAAAGGCGACUGGGCCACAAACCCAGCCCAAAAAUACACAUACAGACCCGAAGCCGGAGUCAAGUACGAGUGUCGCGAGGUACAGCCCCGCUCCUCAACAUCAACUUAUGCCUCAACAACAAACUCCACAGCCGAGCUUGACCCGGAGCCCCAACCAAUCGAGCCCGCAAGUCCCCAUGAAGGCCGCUACUGCGUAAACGAGCGGCAAGAAUUCUACCCACUAGAUGCAAUCCCCUCAACACCCUCAUCGUUCGCGCCUCUCUUCCCUUCCUCACGGCGACUGCUCAUCCGCCACGACGAUGCAACCGUCGACGGCAAUAUGAACCUGCGCGUCGACACACCCGUCCACCUCCGCGACGGCUCUCAGCGCGAUGUCAUCCUCUUCCACCUGCGCAUGUACGAUCUCUUCUCACGGAAGUUUUCGUUUAGGCGGUACUGCCGGGACUCGGGGCGAGAGGUGUGCCAUUCUGCAAGGCGGGAAGUUGUGCCUGCUCAUGAGCGAAGACCUGCGCUGCGCAGCUCGUGGAGUAGUGUUUUUGCUGGGUUUAGGCCUGGUUCAGCGGGUGGCCAUUGUCCGCCAAAUGGGGAGCUUAAGAGACAGGAUUCCGGGCUUGGUGCUAGCUGUCCACAUGGACAUGGACAUGGUCAGCCUGCGCGGGAAGAGGUAGAUAAUGGGAUGGCUGAGGAUGAGUUGGAGUUGGAGAAGGAAAGACAGUGCACUUUACCGAUAUUGGGUGAGACGAUGUUGCUCGAAUUCUCGAAUUACGCGCAUGUCGAGCUGCGCCGCAAAGGGCCUGGCUCGACUAAAAAAUACGAAUUCGAGUAUUGGUCCACGAAGUACCAGUGGCGGAGGGAGGUCCGCAAAGAGGGUGAUCUGCAUGAAGUAUCUUAUUACUUGGUUGACACGCGCACUUCCAAGACUAUUGCUCAUUUGGUACCGGAUACGCUGGCGCCGCUAGAGGUUGUUGAAGAGGAGAGUAAGGGGGGUUGGGUGCCACCUUCUUCACUGUGGAUCAGUGAUCCUGAAGUUUACAAGACGAUGCCUGACGUUGCCGAUGUGAUUGUUGCAACAGGGAUAAUUGCGCUAGUUGACGACUGCAUUCGUCGUCGCUGGCAUCACGAGCGGCGUCCGUCUUGGAUCCUUCCGGCUCAGUACUCGCUAGCAAAGAGUCUAGAGCGCAUGGGCCCCCGGCGCCUGAUCGGCCAGGUACUACAGCGGAGGGGAUCCGCCUAA